AUGGAUGGAAAAGUGUUUUUAAUUACGUAUUUUUUAUUCAUUGGUUUUUCACAAACAGUAGAAGACAAUGAAUUUAAAACCUAUAAUAAUUACAAGUGGUAUAACGUGCAAGGCAGCAAAAAUGCGUUGGAAGAAUUGAAAGAAAAAAUGUUGGAGAAAGAUAACUCGCUCAUUUACUUGAGCGGUGUAAAAACAAAUGAAAUCUUAAUUGCUCCAGAAUUAAAUUCAUUUUUUCUAGAAAUAUCUUCUAAGGAAAAAUUGAACGCAACGCUACUACACGACGACGUUUCUAAAAUAAUUCGA